UUACACCGACUGUUCACUCUGAAGAGCUUCAGUCAGCAGCAGCAGAGAGGCAGGAUAUCAACUCUCACUCAGUCAUCAUGGCUUCCCACCUCCUCUUCCUCUUGUUCCUUCUGUCUGAAGCAGCUUCAGAGCCUGUGGUGAAAGUGGAACCUGGACAGGAUGUAAUUCUGCCGUGUCGGGCUGGUGACGUCACCAUCAGAGCUGUAGAGUGGACCAGAUCUGACCUGGUGGAUCCAAACUACGUCCUCCUUUACAGCGAUGGACAAUCAGAUCCAACCUACCAGAACUCAUCAUUUACAGGUCGAGUGCAGCUGGUGGACGGUGAGCUGAAGACUGGAGACGUUUCAAUGAUCCUGAAGGACGUGAAGAGAGAAGACAGCGGAACUUAUGAGUGUCGAGUUCAAACAGCUGCUUCAAGACGUAAGAAGAGAGCCGCCAAGUCUGAGCCUAUCAGCAUCGUCGAGUUGCAGGUGACAGAGAACAACAAAGGAGACAACAAGGAUGGACACAACGGAGACACCGACAACAUCGACACUCGUCACCAUGUUGGAUUGGGAGCAGUAGUUGUUUCUCUUCUGGUUUGUUUGGUUGCUGCUGCUGCUGCUGUUGGACUUUUUCUUGUCAGGAAAUCUAAAAGACCAAGAGAAAAGAAACCAGAACCGUCUGCUGAUGAAGAAACAGGAGAUAAUCUCCUCUGAUAUGAUCCAUCAGCUGACAUGUCACAGACCUCUCUACAGAAAGUGUCUGAUGUUCAUUCUCUCUGUGGGUGUGAGCUCAGGUACAGAUCAGGUGUUUGAGGCUCUGCAUCAGGAUGAUCUGCUUCAUCAGUACAAAUCAAUAAUGUUCCCCUUCAUGAGUCACUACCUUACCGUGGUGAAGGGGUUUGUGUACCCAGUGACAAACCAAAGUCUCAGAGGAGGGUCAGACUAGACGUGACUCUGUUAUUAUUAUUAUUAUUAUUAUUAUUAUUAUUAUUAUUAUUAUUGUUGUUGUUGUUGUUGUUAUUAUGUGUCAGGUUCGGGCUAAAUGAGUUUGUGACCCUCCUUGAAUGUUUUGACAGUAAUAUAAAUGCAGUAAUUAUUCAGUCGUGCCAACAGUGAGUCUUUAAUUCAAACCUCCCUGAGGAGACUGUUCAUCAUCAUCGAUGAGUGUUGGAGGAUUGUGGUGUUGAAGUUUGUCUUCUGAUAUGCUAGUAAUGAAGUUAUGAACUUUUAAUUGAAGUAUAAAUGUCACAGAGUUAUAAUAAGAGAAGAGAAUCCGUCUGUGAUUGAUCACUUUGGUUUAUUGUACAAAGAGUCUGAACCGUCUGACUCCAUCACACUGCGUGUUGUGUUUCAGAGAUGAGUGAUGGUGUAACAUCAUGUUGUGUCCCACAUCGUUAAUCUCAGAGAUAAUUAAGUCUUUUAUUUCUCACCUGCUGAUCAGACAGCUGAUGAGGCGUCUUACUGACCCACUGACCCGAAUCAGAACCUGAUGAUAAUAUUGGAUCGGUCCAGUCUUUAGUCCUGGUGGUGUGUUCAGGUGCAGCUCCGACUCAGGAGAUGUGAGGCGUCUCAGCAGUUGCCGUCUUCAGAGACAGUUUAGUGUGUCGGCCUCUGACAGGUGGAUCAGUACUGAUGGAUCAGACCCGGUGGACCCGGUCAGAACCGCAGCUUUGUCCUCAUUUAGAGCCUCUAACAGAACAUGAAGCCCACAAAGAGUCUGAAAAUCAUCUGUAAAGAGGUCUGAAACAUGAAGAGCUGAAUGAUGCUUCAUUCACUUAUAGAUCAGCUUUUAUCUGCUUUGGUUGAUAUAUUUUCUGCUGCAGGUGUAAACAGACAUGAUCUUCUGAUUGUGGUGUCUUCUAAUGGCUUCAUGUUAAUGAAGGUAAAUAACUGUAUAAAUGUAAAUAAAUGUAAAUAAGACAUAUUUUCAUACGCAGGAGUCGAUUCAACUCUGCUGAAUGUAAAAGUUAAAACAAAGAUGAGACCUGAAGUCAAAGUGUCUCAGACGAACCUGCAGGACGAGUUCAGCACUAAAAACCUUCAGACGCUUCAUGACACAGAUGUUACUGUGGGAACAAACAUCUGGAUAUUAUUUUUAUUAUCUGCAUGAUGUGAGCAGACGCACUGAAAUAAUCUAUUCAAAGAUGAAGCUGAGGAACAAUUAACGAUCCUGUGAUUUAAUUCUUAUCAGAAGUUCACAGAAAAAAAUAAAGAAAAUAAUAAUAAUAAUAAUGAUAAUAAUAAUAAUAAUAAUAAUAAUAAUAAUAAUAAGAAGAAGAAGAAGAAGAAGAAGAAGAAGAAUGUUAAAUAACAAACAGAAAACUCUCCUGCUGUCAUUAUAGAGCUUCUUUUAUUUUUAUAUGAAAUGAUGAAAAGUUUGUCUUGUGUUGUUUGUUACUUUGUGUUCUCGUCUAUCAGAUCGGAUCAGAUAAUUACACCAUAUGAGGAAAUUCAAAAAGAGGAAAGAACAAACACACAAACUUUAAUCAGCAUCUCACGCUGACAAACAAACCUUAAAAUGUUAAAGAGAAUCACAGAACCAGGUUCUGUUUGUCCUGAAGCUCCUGUUGUGUUUAUAUGUUAAUAUGUUUAUUGUGUCAGUUUCUCUCUUUUGAAAUGUAUUUAACAUUUAUCUGCACAUGCAAGCAAAGAUUAAUAAAGCACCAAACAAAGAGU